AUGCAGGAUCGCCAUUCAUGCGAGCAUCUAGAACAAGAAAAACAGAAAUAUAAAGAAAGAAAGCCCCAGUACCAUGAAAAGAUUCAAAGAAAAUCCCAACAGCGGCGGCAGGUGCAAGAGUUCGGUCAAAAGCGACUUGAUAGUGAAAAUAAAGAAUCAAAUCCACAUCAAAAGCAGAAAGUCCAUCGUGAAGAAGAAAAAAAUAAUGAACAUCCCUUCCGAGAAGGGAAUCAACUAAAGGAACAACAACAAAACCGAGAACAGCAGCAAGAACCACAAAAGAGAUACGAAAACGCAGCACGUCAAUUCAAUCGCCAGUCCAACCAGCAUCAAAACGAGCAGCAACACGACCAAGAGCGUAAAGGACAAGAGAAGGAUCAAAUUCAACCGCAACAACUAGAACUACAUGAAGAACAACAUUAUCAUCUCAAUUGUCAACAAAAGCAAGAGCAGCAGCAGCAACAACCGCAGCAACAACAACAACUUGCACCAAAGGAAGAACAACAUCAUCACCAUUAUCAACAACCGCAGCAGCAACAUCAACAAGAAAUAAAAGAAGAACAACAUCAUCACCAUUAUCAACAACCGCAGCAACAACAUCAACAAGAAAUAAAAGAAGAACAACAUCAUCGUCUCCAUUAUCAACACCAGCAACAACAGCAGCAGGAAGAAGAACAACAGGAAGAUCAGGAGCAGAAACAAGAAGUAGAAAAGUGUUUACAAGAACAAAAGUAUGCCUUUACGACUGGUUUGAUAGUGCUCGCGUCGAUUCUUUUAUAUCUUCCAUUUUUGAUAUAUAAUAUCAUUGAAGUAGCUCAAUGGAUGGACUUAACACAGGACUAUGUAGGCCAACCUAUUGUAGUGACUUUUGUUAACCUUCAAUCUCUGGUAAAUCCUAUCAUCAUGUCUUUACGUUUAACAAAUAUUCGCACAGGUAUGAAAAACAAACUAUGUUGCCUUAAUUCAGAAGUCUAA